GUGUGGUUUGUUAUUCAAUUAACAAUGGACACCCUACCACUACCCAGUCUUCAGAUGUACACAGUGUUUAGUGGGCUAGGACUCUUUUAUGCAGUGGCGUAUGUCCUCACAGCAUCAGACAGCAACUUUGUAAAUGCCUUGUGGGAUGAUGCGUGGUGUGCUACGGCUGUUGUUAAUUUUGUAUGUUGCCUGUUCUUCCAGUUAAUGAGUUUUCUACAUAAAUCAGUUUUUGGAACUCUUCGUAGCACAGAGAAGAGACAUUUGCAGGACAAAUUUUGGAAUUUCGUAUUUUACAAGUUCAUAUUCAUUUUUGGAGUCCUCAACAUUCAAGAGAUACGUGAGAUGCUAGUUUGGUGCUCCUGGUUUGCUCUGAUCGGCUGCUUUUUAUUAACCUCUCAACUUUGCAAGGACCGCUUUCUUUACUUAUCAUUUUCUCCUUCUACUCCAUCUUCGUCCCAUGCUAAGAUGAUAAUGUUCCUUUCUUGUAUAUUAGUCUCAUGUGCUGGUCUCUUCAUGGUCUGUGCCAUCAUUGGCUGGCAGUUUGGCUUUAAUUACUUUGCUUUCGUAUUCUCUGAAAUAUAUGUCUUGUUCACGUUGACUCUACUAACACUCAUUAGGCAAAUCAUUCACCUUUGGGACAUGCAUCAUGAAGGAUUGUGGGAGAACAGGAAUGUCUAUACUUAUUAUGCAGAGUUUGUGUUGGAAAUCAGUUCUCUUUCUGUCCAGUUUUUUCAUCAUCUACACAUGCUGCUCUUUGCUAAUAUGUUUCUAAGUGUGGCUAGUCUGAUCCUACUCAUGAAGCUACGUUUCCUUUAUCAAGAAAUACAGCACAAAUUGAAAAGGCACCACAACUACGUGAUGGUUAAACACACUUUGGAAAGAAGCUUUAAUUUGGUGGGCCCCAACGAAUUAAGGCAUAUCCAGGAGACUUGUGCUAUUUGCUGGGAGAAAAUGAACACUGCCCGACAGCUGCCCUGUGGCCACGUUUUUCACUUCGGCUGUCUUCGUUCGUGGCUGGAACAGGAUCCUGUGUGUCCAACAUGCCGUCAAACUCUUGACACUUCUCUCCAAAGAAACUCAAGGGAACCGACCACAGGAGAUCAGAGAUCAGGCGUAAGAACAAGGAGAAGAAGGAAUUGGUUGCUGUACUUUAAUGGUGCAUCAAUCGCUAGCUGGUUGCCAACCUUCUCACUUGAGCUGCACCAGCCCCCACCUCACCAUCACAACACAUUCAAUGCUGACAUGGACAGGGAGGUUAAUCAUGUCCAUACAAUGUUUCCCGAUGUCCCAGUUAAUGCUAUAAUAGUUGAUCUGGCCAAUACACACUCGGUCUCACAGACAGUUGAUAAUAUACUUUCAGGGCUCGUUCCCUCUCGGACCUCAAAUCAAAAUACUACAGAAGAUCAUCAGGAUGAUGUGACACCGGCCACCAGCACUAGCGAUAUUGAUGAAGCAACUGUCAGACAGAGAGACACUGGAGGGAAAAACGAAGAAAAGGAAAGAGAAGAAGAAAAUGGAAAAGGAGCUCAAAGCUCAGACUUUAGUUCAACCGACGUGCCUUCAUUUCAGACCAGGAAGCAAGAAUUGAUCAACGCUGCCAGAAAGAAAUAUCUUCAGAAACAUUCACACUUAAAGCAAUGUUGAAUAAAAAACAACAACAAUUUACUUUUCCCAAAAUAAUUCACUCUUUUUCAAA